ACCAGCAUCCGGAAGUUGCAAUCUCUAUACUUGAUUAAGAGGAAACAUUUGUUUGUAUUUUUAAGUAGGGGAAGUAGAAUAUGUGUCGUUUAAAACGCGCUUUUAUGCAAGCAAAUAAAAGAUAAAAAAUAUAUAUUUUUUGUGCUUGCGAGUCGACUCACUUUUGAACAAACUCACGAUUCGUUCAUCGCCGCACCGAGCAAAAAAAAAAAAAACCGACUGAUCCGGACGCCGGUGUAGAAGAUGGCAGAGGAGAUGUGUUCGGGGGAUUGGAGGCGGAUUGGAGGUCAGAAUUUGUUUCAAGGAUAAUCACACAGAAAAGUCGCAUCCUGUGUGUUUUUGCACCAAGUUCCUUUAUUCCGGAUUAAAGCCAAACGGAGUGUGUUGUGGAUUUCACCCUCAGCCUGGCGGCCCAGAGCGCCGCACAGACCCGGACAUGACCGCUGGCUUUCAGCUGUGACACAUUUCAUCACUUAUGGCCUAUUUUUGUAGGAACAUCGAUUAAAUCUCUCGCUAUGAUUUCGCCAAUUUGACUGAAUCAACUGACUUUGGGUUAGCAAGUGCGGCUACACGUUAGCUAGCCGUGUGUGUAUGUGUGUGUGUGUGUGUGUGUGAGUGCGCGCGCGCACCAACCUGCUUAACUGACUGGAUGUGAUUGAAUGGAGAUUUUUUUUGGAUCCUGUUCUUUUUUGGAUCCUGUUUAAUUUCUCUAAACAGCGAUAAAGACUAAAGUAUUCUUCAUUAAACUUUAUUGUUUAUAAGAAGGGGUUAGUCUAAAUAACCGUUUCGCAGUUUUCAUCGGGAAAAAACGAUUAAAUGGACACCAAAAUAUUAAACUAUGUGAUAAAUUAUAUAUUUAAUUACAGCAGUUAUAGACAGAUUAUAUAAGUAACCUAAUUCCAGCACGAGGUAUUUUUCCGAAUUGACUCAAAUUCGUGAAUUAAUGUCUAAUUGUUGGAUUAUUACCGUGUUAUAAUUCACGUGUUCGCCAAAAUCCACCCCUCAGUCGUUACUACCCUUUUAAAUGAUUUUUUCUUUAGAGACUAAAGACUUAGUGUGUUUAUGUGCUUAUUAAUCUUUAUUUUUGAGGUAAAUCUGAGGGUCAAGCUGAACUUAUUGAACUUAAAGCUUAGACUCGAAGGUAAAGUCAGUGAAAUCUGUGUAAAAAUGUCAUCUCGUUAAGAUUUAAAGUGUUUUACAACAAACAAGUGGCUAUUUUAAAAAUGAAUAAAUAAAAUGAUCGGUUUAUUCGAGUAGAAAACCGUCCUUCCUUCCAACAUGCUAAUGAUGCUAAUGAGCGUUUAUGCAAAUGACCGUUAGGGCUCGAGCCUGUGAGGCGUCAGAGGUUAGCCGCUAGCUAGCUAGCAGUGUUAGCUCUCUGCUCUGAGGAGAUGUCGGAAGAUCGAUCAGCUUGUGAGGUUGGAUGUCAGAUUCUUCUCUGUAGGUGACAUUUUUUGUUAAAAACAAAUCAAACAUUCGACACAGUAGUGGCUGAAGUCUGUAAAACAGCUGGAUUUUUUUAUUUUUAUUUUUAUUUUUUAACCCGAGCCGGCUUUCCCUCGGCUCUCAGCAGGCACGUGCUCCACGUCCCUAUGCACGUGCUCCACGUCCCUAUGCACGCGAUCCACGUCUCUAUGCACGCGCUCCCUUCAGCAGUGUGUUUAAUCCAUACUGUGGGAUUCCGCAGUGUGUUGUAGUUGUAUGUUGUGUUUGUGUGUGGUGGUGUUUUUUUUUUUUGCCAUGGCCUAUCUAAAUGGACCCAGAUUACUGGACUGGGCGAACUCUCCUCCUCACCUCCAGUUCAAUAGAUAUGUGUUGACCGGCUACAGACCGAUCUCCUCCGUGCAGGACUGCAUCAGGAGUCUGUUUUACCUGCACAAUGAGCUGGGAAACAUCUACACACAUGGCAUCCCCCUGCUGUGUUUCUUGGUGCUGCUCCCCCUCAACAUGCCCUGGUCUCAGAUCAGUGUGACGUGGCUGGGUGUGGUCCACUUCCUGGCCUGUUUGUCUCCUCAGCUCGGCUCCGUCCUCUAUCACCUGUUCAUGAACCACGAGGGAGGAGAACCCGUCUACAAAAAGCUGCUGACUCUAGACAUGUGCGGCAUAUGCAUGAUUAACACACUGGGAGCUCUGCCCAUUGUGUACAGCACGCUGCUGUGCUACCCGUUGCUGCGCGGCGCCGCGUUGCUGACCUACAUCGGUCUGUCCAGUUAUGCCAUCUACUGUGCAGUGACAGCUCGGAGCAGCGUGCGCCGAUUGCGCUCGUUCGGCGGGCAGGCACUCUUUCGCUUCUUCUUCUUGGGGCUGCGGUGGUUGGGUGUGGGUGGGGGAAGCUCCAAGUCGCUACGAUACUUCCUCACCAUGGAGGCGCUGGCGGUGUCGGGUGGAAUCAUCAACAUAGCCCGAGUUCCCGAACGCUUCUGCCCUGGUCUCUUUGACUAUUGGUGCAACAGCCACCAGAUCAUGCACGUGCUGGUGGUCGGCUCCAUCCUGUCGCUGCACUGGGGCGUCCUGGAUGACCUGCUGUGGAUCAACACUUACGACUGUCCAGCGUACUGAUCUCUGACCUCGGGGGUGGGAAUUUUUCCAGGAAUCAUUCUACUGGACUUGAGAUUUUUUUGUUUUGUUUUGUUUUGUUUUGUGUUGAUUUUGUUUUAUUUAUAGAAUUUGACAUGCAUCAGGUUUUCUUUAGACUCAGGGAGAGGUCACAAGCUCUGACCUUUGACCUCUUGACUCUAGUUUUUAAUCCAGGGGGUUUGUGAUUCAUAGGAUUCAUUUGCAAACAGAUUCCUGUGUAGAGCUCUGACCUUUGACCUCGGCGGGGUGCAGAUUAUUGUUCAUCCUCGCAGUUUGACAUGCAUUAAGCACUGAUAAGGGAUGUGGGGGGGUGUAAUUGUGUGGUGGGGUGGGGAUGUUGUAACAACAUUUAACCUCUGACCUCACUUUUUAAUGGGGGUGGGGGUGGGGGGAUGGGCUACAGGAACUCGCUCGUAUGGUAAAGUCGUGAAAGACGGUGACGUACGUAGGUCUCGGUUCGACCGUGACCUCAAAUGCAAGAUCGUACACCUGGAGUUGCCACAGGAGACCGACCGAUUGCGUACACACUCUGUUAUAUGGCAUUUAUCAUAUAUAUAUAUAUAUGUUUUCACACCAGCCUUCAGAGCAUUAACUUUAGGAAUCCUGAUGAUUUUUAUUUUCAUGUAUGGAAAAUCCUGAGGUACAGUGGAGCCGGAAGGCUCGGGAAAAAAGUUUGCAUCGCACAACGCGCAUUUGCAUUGCACAGCCACUCAUCGCACGCAGCAGCUGGUGGAAAGCAUGGCUUCUGGUAAUGUACGCUCUGCUCUGAGGCUACACACACACACACACACACACACACACACACACAAUGCACUACAAUUGUUCAGUAGUAAAGUCCACACAGAUAUAUUUAAACACACAUCCACCUCUCACUCCUUUCAUGUUAUGUUAUCAUCACGUUUCUUCAUCCAUUUUUUUUUACUCCCCGUCUUUCUGUUCCAUCCGAGGCAAAGAGAAGUGCUCACUCUUCCUUUGUUUGCUGUUUGUAAGGUUUACAAGGUUUAUGGUGCUUUUUUUUACAAUACCGAGGAAGAGAAUUUACAAAAGUAACGACUGUAUUUGCCAAACAAGAUGCACAAAAUUC